UAUGACGUCCUCUUUACUCGCGAUCAAGGAAAGGUUUGGAAUUUUUGGUCCGCCAUCCAUCCCAAAUCUACAAUGGCCGAGGAAGGCAUCGCUGCCGGAGGUGUGAUGGAUGUGAACACGGCUCUGCCGGAAGUGCUUAAGACCGCACUCAUCCACGACGGACUGGCUCGCGGCAUCCGCGAGGCCGCUAAGGCUCUGGACAAACGCCAGGCUCAUCUCUGUGUCCUUGCCGCUAACUGUGAUGAGCCCAUGUAUGUGAAACUUGUGGAGGCUCUCUGUGCUGAGCACCAGAUCAACCUCAUCAAGGUUGAUGACAACAAGAAGCUUGGUGAGUGGGUUGGUCUGUGCAAGAUUGACAGAGAGGGCAAACCCCGCAAAGUGGUUGGCUGCAGCUGCGUGGUCAUCAAGGACUACGGAAAGGAGUCCCAGGCUAAGGACGUCAUUGAGGAGUACUUCAAGUCCAAGAAGUAAAUGGCUAAAUAAAAGCUGUUUUGGAAC